UAGAGUUCGGUCUCUUUGUUUCAUGAAAUUUCUUCUCAAUUUAACGCUUCGCUCUCUGAGACUCGAUUCUAAAAUCAAGAAACAUCAAGAACAAGCACCUUCUCGAAUCUGAAUUUCUCGUUCUUGUGCUCUGUUUUAUUUGUUUAUAUUUCUUUUCUAAUUUGUUCCUGCUUUGUUUAAUCUGAAUUUCUGUGUUUUUGCAGGCUUGGUUUCUUGUUUCCGUUUGAUUUUUUUUUUUUUUUUCUAUAUAUCUCUGUAAAUUUAUGGAUGCAGGGCCAAUGAAUUCGUUUAAUAAGAUCCACUCAAGAAACCCGCUUCAAGAACGGUUUCAUCAGAGAAAAAGCUCCCGGGAUAAUUUGGAUAGAUUCAUACCUAAUAGAGCGGCUAUGGACUUCGACUAUGCUGACUACAUGCUGACAGAUGGAAGAAAGGGCAAAGAAAAUCCAGCUGUGCCAUGCUCUCCAUCAAGAGAGGCUUACCGGAGGCAAUUGGCAGAGGCGUUGAACAUGAACAGGACACGAAUAUUGGCGUUCAAAAGCAAGGCACCUACAGUGGCUGAUCCGUUUUCAAAGUAUUUUUCUUCUCCUGUUUAUCAGUCCAAACCUGUCAAGCCCAGACGGUACAUUCCUCAGUCUUCUGUGAGGACAUUGGAUGCCCCUGAGAUUGUAGAUGAUUUCUACCUGAAUUUGCUAGACUGGGGUAGUAGCAAUGUGCUGGCCAUUGCUCUGAGCAACACAGUGUAUCUCUGGGAUGCUUCAAAUAGUUCAACUUCAGAACUUGUUACCAUUGAUGAUGAAAAUGGGCCAGUUACAAGCAUUAGUUGGGCUCCUGAUGGGCAGCACAUAGCCAUCGGCUUGAAUAAUUCACAGGUCCAGAUAUGGGAUUCUGCUUCCAAUAGACUGUUAAGAACAUUCAGAGGUGGUCAUAGAUUACGAGUUAAUUCACUGGCUUGGAACAAUUACAUACUUUCUACUGGAGGAAUGGAUGGUAAAAUAAUCAACAAUGAUGUGAGGGUCAGAGAACAUGUCAUUGAUACCUAUAGGGGACAUCAGCAAGAGGUUUGUGGACUCAAAUGGUCGCCUUCAGGCCGGCAGUUAGCAAGUGGGGGAAACGAUAAUCUCCUUUUCAUAUGGGACAGUUCCAUGACCUUUGCAAAUUCACGAAACCGGUGGCUUCACAGACUAGAAGACCAUACGGCUGCAGUAAAAGCCCUAGCUUGGUGUCCCUUCCAGGGGAACUUAUUAGCCUCUGGUGGAGGUGGGAGUGAUCGAUGCAUUAAGUUCUGGAACACCCACACAGGUUCUUGCUUGAAUUCAGUGGAUACUGGCUCUCAGGUUUGUGCUCUUCUUUGGAGCAGACAUGAGCGUGAAUUGCUUAGCUCUCAUGGAUUUACAGAAAAUCAGCUCACCCUUUGGAAAUACCCAUCAAUGGUGAAGAUGGCAGAUCUCACUGGCCAUGCCUCUAGGGUUCUUUUCAUGGCUCAGAGCCCUGAUGGAUACACAGUGGCAUCUGCAGCCGGAGAUGAGACUCUGAGAUUCUGGAAAGUCUUUGGAGCCCCUGAAGAGGCUAAACCUGCGCCUAAAACAAACCAUGAGCCAUUCUCUCAUUUAAGCCUCCGUUGAAGAUCAAGACAAAAGUGGUCUAAGAAUGUACCAUGAAUAAUUUAUUAUGUUUAUACAUUUUCUGGUAUAAUAUAUAUAGUCAUAGUUUAGAGUAUUCUUUGGACUUAGACAAGUACAUAAUUUUUUUUUUUUUCGUGCAGUAUUAUUAAAUGGUUUAUUUUAUUUAAUGAAGUUUCAAUUAGAGAUCAAUUAAUAGUGGAGGAUCUUGUAGACAUAGAAAGCAAUGUUUGAACUAAUUGAA